UCCGACUGAUGUCUGCUAGCUGCAAUGUCUGGUAGAGCAGCAGUUGCCCGAAAGCCUCAGCGGCUUGCCGGGCUGGAGAAAGUUCAGCCAGCCAGAGGCUCAGCAUCUGGUUACCCCCCAACAGUUGGCCGCUCCCACCCCAAUCCCUACCAUCACCAAUUCGGAGGUGGCCCGGGCUAUAACUACCCUACCGACGAAGAGGGACUCCCUGAGGCAUCGCUUGGUCACGUCGAUAGCAAUGGUCGCUCUCAAGCAUCUAUGGAUGAUCCAGCGUACGCUCGUGCUCGAAGACCCAUGCUUGAAAACAUUGAAUCCAAUAUCGAGAAGUCAGCUCUUCGCCUGGCCUUGGACGACAAGAGUGACCAGAUCCGUCAAAACCUUGGUAAUCUCUUCAAGAAGAAGCCGAAGGAUCCACAAGAGCGACCAGCCACAUCAUUGAACAAUCGCCGAGAUGCUCAAGAGAUGGAAGGUGAUAUGCGUUUCCGGACUCAGUCUCGCUUAGGACAAGACGCUUGGAUUCCGGGCUUUCCAGUUCCCCCUUCCGCUAUGCCAGGAAGCCCCGACUCGGAGUCAGUCGAUGCUCCAUCGUUUCGAUCGCAGAUGGGAAAUCAAGGAAUCUCUGAGCCUCCGUCUGCACCUUUGCCACCCCCGCCCGAGCCACCAUCGCUGAAGUGCUUUUCUGGCUCUUCGCCUCUGAAAGCAGUAGAUUUCAACGAGACCGAGGUGGACAGAGAGAUGUGGUUGAUUGAUGGUGACACACUUGUUUAUCUGACUCAAGAAACCUCGUCUGGACCAACUGGAAUGCCCUCAUUCCGUCUGUGUUCGAAGAAGUUGAGGGCACUGGGAUCAGUCGUCUUAUCCGGGCUGAUCCAAGAGAACCUUCGUAAUAGACAAUCCAUAAUGGCCAUCACCGAUUCAGCAAAGUCUCUACUGACUUCGGAGCACAUGGAAAGCACUGACAAUCUGAGAUAUACAAUCAGCAUUGCACCCCCACCCGAAUUAGAAGGCGAGAAGUUGACGAGAUGGAAGCGAGGAACUCGAAAUGCGCUUGCUCUGCUACAUGGAAAGCCUUUGAUUGGUGACUUCAUCCACGAAAUGCUCCUGACUUUGCAAGAACGUUUCAUCGACUGGAUUCAGGAUGAGGAUCAUGCGAAGGAAAUCGUCGUCACGUAUGUCGUCGAUUUCGGACUAGCUGAUGUCCGCAAAUGUCCCCGAGCUGCUGUAGGUCUUCUUGCGUAUGCCGACGCUCCAAACGUCCAUUGGGAACCAGGCUACAGGGAGGCUUUCGCUCACUGUGUUGGAAUGUAUGAGCAAGUUGUGACUCUUUAUGAGUGGACUAUGCUCUCUGGAGUCAGACCAGUGACAAAGGCUGCAAUUCGCAAGGCUGCUAUAAUCUUAGAGGGUUGUCUGAAAUUUCAGGCGCAGCGCCUUCGAGACUUCAAUUUCGACGGCAUGUGGGACCUCAAGCCAGAAGAUUCUGUUGUUGCUUUUGAAGCUUUCAAAUCUCUUGCAGGAUUCCUCCGAGACUUUUACACAAAGAGUUAUGGUUCGUGGCCACCAAAUCAAGUUGAUAAUACACACCUCUGGCUUACGAGAACCGUGGUGAGAGAUUUGCAGCGAGACUUUUCGGCACUAUACGACUAUCUCGUGGACAGAUCUGUCGUCUUUAGGUACCGUCUGAAACAUCUCGUUAUGGACCAUCCUACAAAUGUGCACUUUGACGCAAAUGGCAACGGAGUGCCAAUGGUAAGAGUUUUGACGAAUUUCGACGAAAGCUGCGGCUAUAAUCCAAUCCCUCACCCAUUCCCCCUUCUACCGCCAAGCAUCCCUGUUGCAGCUUCCAAAAUAGCCCAAGAGAAGCCAAAAAGAAAGUUCUUCGGCGGCGGAACGAAGAAGGACAAGAAAGACAACGCGGCAUCUACCGAGCAAGGUGAAGGUGUCCCGAAGGGCAAUGACCCCAUGGCAGAUGUCAAGUUCAAGCUAGCCUAUGAGCAGGCCAACAACUUGCUCAUUUUGCAUGAGUACACUGGUAACGCUCUGGUAGAAGCAUUCAUCAGACACGAGCAAUUCGAGAGAAUUUGUGAAGUCGAUCCUCUGGAAUGCAGACUCGGCCGAUGGGUUCUCAUUUACUUCAUGCUUCAAACUCUGGCAUCGAUUUCGAGCGAUGUUCCUGGGCUGAUAUAUCCGGAUGGCGUUGGAUAUUUCUUGAAUGGGUUCAUUGAGACUCCGUCAUGGAAGCAAGGAGACUUCAUGCAGGCUUCCCCAUUUCUCACCCAUUGCUUCACCGUGGAAAAAACUUGGGUAAAGAGUGAUGAGACUGAGAACCAAGCUGUUGCGGAAAAUCAUCAGUCCGCUGGCGAACAUUACCCUCAAGCUGCGGAGCAGUAUUCUCAAAUUGAUGAACAUCAUCCUCAAGUCGCAGAUCAUUAUGCUUCAGGAGUUUCGGCUGCACCUUCAGGGGCAUUUCGGUCAGAACAUAGUGGAUACUCUGUUCGUUCCCCAACUCUGACCAACAACAGCCAGUAUGGACAUCCGAGCGACGAGGACUAUAAUCGUUUUGUCCGAGAUUAUGGCCAGCUUGACCUCGAUGAGAACGACCACAAUGGAUACGCUUUUGGGCAGACUUCGCAUACUCCUCUGCCACAACGCAUGGACUCUCGAUUCAACCAAGAGGCAUAUGCACAACGUCCUCUACCUCGUCAACCAAGCCAACCUAAUUAUAGGGUAGCUGCUCAGGCAAACCAAUUGCAACCGCGCCAGGACAGUUCGAAGGCAGAUCUUGGUUGGGAGCGUGAUGCAACGCCGCUUCGCCAGGAGAACCUGCGAGAUGAAGAUGAUUUCCAGCUCUUUCAAUCGCAGCCACCUCCAUACCAGGGGCUUGCUCGAAACGGCCGACAGCAGAUUGAACCACAUCAGCAACUAUCUGCGCAACCCUCGUUCCAUGAUUUCCAACAUGCACGAGCUGGACGUGGAAACGGCACUCGAGCCCGACGCUACGAUGUGCAAGAUAUUCCAAAGUUCGCUAGCCCACCUCGAAAUCACGGUCGCGCAAUGUCUCCCGACACUUUCACUCCCCCGCAAUUUGGACCUAAGUCACCAUUGCGUGCACCUGAUUCCUACAACAAGCCCAUGCAGGGUGGACAACGUCAAGAGAACUUCAACGACUGGGAUGUAGAAACUGGCAACGGCACUUUGCCUUGAUUGUGUCUUUCUCUCUCCCACAAAAAAGAAUUUGUAUUCGGUCUGGCGGUUUCGUGGUUUGUUCUUCUGCGGAUACCCAAUGUUAGAAUUUCUGUUUUCAUUCUUUUGCUUUUUCGGAGUUACAUGCAUACAAACAAAUAAGGGACUACUUACUACUACAUACCAGUGGAUAUGGUCUUGCGAGGCAGAUGUUUGACUGGUCUUCAUUGAUUGCGAUGACGCCUCCGCAGACCACUU